AUCAUCGACUUCGGCCCAAUGCCGUGCCAAUACGAUGGGGCCCCGAGUUACUGCUAGCUCUUUCAGCCCCCGAGCUAUAAUCGUGCACUAGCGAGCCGUACGCACCCUACAGCCUUGGUUUGCCGAAGGCGCCUGCCGACUAUCUCUCUCCAAUCGGCACUCAGAGUCUUCUCCGACCACGCUGCUCUGCACGUUUGUGCUCAUCAACCGCUUUACUUGCGGAGCUACUAGCGAUACUAGGUGGUUCACUUGGGCAGUCCAGAAAGCCAGAACGAGAAACAGUGGCUGAAGAGGUCGGGCCAAUGGCCCAGCAGCGGACGGCUUCCAAGACAGUAACAGAUACCAUUGUUGGCGAGCACACGCACACUAUCGUUGGAUACAGCCUCAUUAAAGGCAUUGGAGACGGCGAGCCUAUUGCCUCGGAGCGCUUUGUUGUGGGCGGGCACGAGUGGGUGCUGCUGUUCUACCCGGAUGGCAAGCGCAGCUCCUCGGAGGGGCCCAUGGGCAACGGCGGCGGCGACGGCGGCCACCCUGGCCAGCUGCCGCUGCCGAUAGGCGCAGUGGGCGGGGGCCUGCAGGGCGGAGGGUUGCGGGAUGACCCGAUGGACGCAGUGGGACUGCCGCCGGGCCCGCCGCCGCCAGCUGCGGCGCAGGGCGGCCCGCAGCCAGGCGGCGAGCGGCGCGGCGACGGCGGCGUGGGGGGCGGCGGCGGCGGCGGCGAUGUGCUGGGGCAUGUGGCUCCCAAUGCGCUGGUGGCACAGGCGGCAGCACACCACCACGCGGCUGCGGCUGCAGCUGCGGUGGUGGCAGCGGCGGCGGCGCACCACGGCGGUGGCGGGGGCGGGGGCAUGAUGGCUGUGCCGCUGCACCGGCAGCAGCGCAGAGACACAACGAACGAGUACGCAGCACUGUUUGUGGCGCUCAUUGGCGAGGGACCCAACCCGCAGGGCGUGGUGAGCACCACGGAGGGCAAGGUGGUCCGAGCCUUCCACCGCUUCACGCUAGUGGACCAGACAGGCCAAGGCCGUGACCUUACAAAGGGCCGCACACGGGACGCGGGCGCGGUCAAGAUCAGCUGUGCACGCCAGGACCCAAACGCGCGCAACUGCCACGGCUACCGCAAGUUCGUGAAGCGCUCGCUGCUUGAGGACGCCGGCAAGGGCUACCUGGCCAAUGACACGCUGGUCAUCAAGUACACCAUUGAGCUGGUGGUGUCCAGUGGCGGCGCGCUGAUGCGUGGCGGCGGCGGCGGGCGUGGCGGCGCGGAGCUGAUCCGCGUGCCUCCCCCCAGCCUGGGCGCGGACCUGGCUGGACUGCUGGCCAGUGGCGAGGGCGCGGACGUGACGCUGGUGGUGGACGGAGAGGAGUUCAAGGCCCACAAGUUCCUGCUGGAGGCGCGGUCCGCCUUCUUCCGCUCGCUGCUGAACAACGACAUGCGUGAGGGGCUGGAGGGGCGGGCGGUGGUACACGACGUGCGUGCGCCCGUGUUCCGACUGCUGCUGCACUACGUGUACACAGACGCGCUGCCGGAGGGGAUGGAGGACAGCGGUCUGGAGGUGGAGGUGGCCCAGCACCUGUUGGCCGCCGCCGACUCCAUGCAGCUGGAGCGACUGCGCCGCAUCGCCGAGCGCCGCCUGACCGAGUGUGUGGACGUGGAGUCGGUGGCCUUCACGCUGGCGCUGGCGGACCGCAACCACGCCGCCGAGCUCAAGCGCGUGUGCCUGGACUACGUGGGCCGCAACCUGGCGGCGGUCAUGAAGACGGAGGGCUACAGCCACAUGGUGGCCUCAUGCCCGGGGCUGCAGGGCGAGAUUCUCAGCACGCUGGCGGCACUGGGCGGCGCGGGGCCGGCGGAUGGAGCGGCGGGCGGCGCGGCGGGGGCAGCGUGCGGCGGGGCGGGCUCAAGCCGGCUGGCGCAGUGCGUGACGGGCGGCGCGGGGACGGGCGGGGCGGGCGGCGGGGGCAGCGGGGGGCGGGGGGCGGCGGGAGGGGCCGCGCCGCUGACGGUGGGCGGCGCGGGAGGCGGCGUGGGAGGGGGUGCGGGCGGUCUGGGAGGUGGGCAUGCGGGGCGGGUGCGUGAUGUGCUGGUGGAGGCGGUGGAGGACGUGCGGCGGGUGCGGCCGCGGAGGGACUAGACACCCUAGACACACUGACACACGAGACAUGAGCACCGCAUAUAGGCAUGCACACGAACGCGGCGAGACGUGGCAGACAUGGCUGCGGCUGGUCGGGACAUGUGGGGCACAUGUGGUGUUAUGGCCCGGCAUGCACGGGGUGCCCGAGCGUGCAGGCAGACGUUGACGAUACGCAUGGGACAAAAACACAGUAAACUCAUCCAUUCAUAAAAAGCUUACACGUGCUUGGCCAGGCGCAGGCGCAGGUUGUUGCUCCGGGAGAUUGCCCGUUGGCGGUGUGUGAGCCAAUUGAUUUCAAGGCGUAUACGUGUCGCGGGUGCGCGGUCGCUUGGAAUGGGGGUUGGGGCCUUGGGGGGCGCAGGUGCUCAAGGCGCAGCAGCGCUGGGUGCGGUUGAGUCACAUGCCACGGUUGCUGCCAGUCUGCCAGAUGAUUUCCUUGGGACCGUGGAUGCGAAGCGGUGAAGUUCUCACGCAACACAGGCGAUUGGGCCGGCGCUGGCAGAUCCGAUGGCAACGCGCAAGCCUCCAGUUUUGUGUUCGAGGUGCGGGGGUAGCCGGUGCUUACUCAACGAGAUGACGAGAGGGCAAAGUUUGACUCAGUUGGGCUCGCGCCGUUGCUUAAACUGUUGAGCUAGUCAAUCAACAGGGACUCCUUUCGAGAUUGGUCGAAGGCCUUGAAGGACGGUAUGCUGCGGCGGUUGUAACCGCGCAUACUGUACGCGUGUGCGCCAGCGGAGUACGCAGAUGAUGAUGCUGUUGACACAUGCACUUUUUACAGCGAACAUCUGCACUUGAAACGACGAUUUCUACGCAUUACGGUUGAAACAAUGUUAUCGUCCCUUGCAC